AUGCAUCGUCGACUGUCCUCAUCGGAGAAAGGGAAAGCCAUAGCCCUUGAGCAUAUCCCUGCUCCUCGAACUGGAAGAGUCCGUGUCGCUGAACCCGACGCACCAAUCAACACUCAAAAGCACUCCCUCACACUAAUUGGUCGUGUGACCAACCCUUCGGUCCAGAAGGUCUGGGCUCUAAUUCCAUUCUUUACAGAUCACUGGAAAGCGGAUAUUCCCCCUGUUGGAUCGGAUUUGGGCAUGGGGAUGUUCCAGUUCCAGUUUGAACUUGAAUCCGACCUGCUUACAGUUCUUGAUAAGCGGCCUUACCACUAUGCACGUUGGAUGAUCAUUCUACAACGAUGGGAACCCACAAUCUCUCCUAGCUUCCCAUCUAUGAUUCCUUUUUGGGUCAGAAUUCAAGGAUUCCCGAUACAUCUUUGGUUUGAUGCGAUUGCUCGAAGCAUAGGAGAGGAUUUGGGUACUUUUGAGACCUCAGAUAUUACUGAUCAGGUUUUUCGCAUGAGAGUUCAUGUUAAUGGGAGACUACCUUUGCUUAAAUCCUCAGUGAUUGAAUACCCUAGUGGCGACAAAAUUGUGGCUACUCUCCUCUAUGAAAAACUGGAGAGACAUUGUUUAAAAUGUGGAAGACUUGACCACGAAGUCAGGGAUUGUCUGGAGGCAAAACAUGAAAAGAAAGCUAUGGUAGCAGCGCAGGAGGACGCUCUGAGAAGCAAGGCUUCUGUUACUAACAAGGAUCCCCCACCUAGAAGCAUCAAUAGGCCUGGAGGGCCUACUCGACAUUCACCAAGAAGAGAGGCCCGAUUCAACCCCUACUCUAGGAGGGCUCCAGACCACCAAACUCGGCGCUCUUACUCUAGAGAUCCUCCACGCGAUAUGCCUCUCCACUCCCAGCACCAUUCCCAUUAUCGCCAGGAGCAGCCUAGACGCUCCGGAACUUCUGUAGUCAACGAAGAAGAGAAUUACUCUCGCCAACCUCGAGAUGGUCACCUUUUGAAGCGCUACAAGUCUCCUCCUCGUAGAGAUCAGAGGACUGCUAGUGGGGAUUCCCAGUCAGCUUCAUCAACAUCACCUCGUCCUUGGAAGGAUGAGAGAAGAGAAUCACAGUGA